AUGGCAGUUCUUUUCACCAUUGGUUUCGUCUUUUGGCGAUUCCUGGAGAUCAUCACCCUGUCCGUCGGCGCAGGCGCAGGCGCAGAGGCGCACUCUAUCCCCACGAUGGGCAUGCUGGCCUACUUCGUCGACGGCUAUGUCAAAGCCAACCAGUUGACGCCAAACUACAUCUUGAUAUUAUUCAUAGUAUCGGUGUUAGCCCUGGCGUGGGCUAUAUUCACCCUCUUCUCCUACCACAGGAGCAGCUCCAAUGCGCUCUUUGUAGCCAUAAUUGAUCUCGGAUUCGUCGGCGCCUUCAUCGCAGGGGUCUACUACCUCCGCUUCAUCGCUGGCGCGAACUGCACCAGCGUCCGCGGGACGAGCUACGACGUCAGCUUCGGGAUAUUCGGGUCCUUCAACGGCAACGGCAUCGACGUCGACACCAGCAAGACGUGCGCCAUGCUCAAGGCCAGCUUCGCCUUCGGCAUCAUGAACUGCAUCUUCUUCUUCUUCACCGCCGUGCUCGCCUGGUUCCACGGCGAGCGCGUCGGCAAGGACACGCGGUACUACCGCGAGACGCACUACUCGCGCCGGGGGCACCGCAGGCACAGCUCGGGGAGCAGGCACGGCAGCCGGAGGCGCAGCUCGCACUCGCACCGCCGCGUCUACGUCUAG